AGUGGCUUUGUUGACCCAUCAGGAGCUGACGAUACGCCGGCAGAAGCUACCCCGAGCUCCAGCAAAAUGCUACCCCGUGUUUUGUGUGUUGGGCUAAUCCUACUGCAGCUUAUCUGGACACCGACGGCAAAGCUGCAUUAUGCUGUGCUCAUCCCUUCGGAGAUGAAAAGUCUCCGUCCUCAGCUCGCUUGUCUGCACGUUGAAGGAGUGGAAGGAGAAAGUCGUAUCCAGCUCUCCCUUAACUUGGCCGAUGGAAACACAACCCUGAUAGAGAAAAAAUUCAAUCAGGAAUCUCUGUUCUCCUGCGUUUCAUUUAAGGUUCCCGGUCCCACUGAAGGACACGAUGAGGCUGCUACAGUGAAUCUUAUAAUUGAGACUUUAUCAGAGACCAUAUCCAAAGACACCAAAGUUCUUUUGAAGAAAGAAAGAUCCAAUAUUCUGGUCCAAACCGACAAAGCUGUGUAUAAACCGGGACAAACUGUGAAAUUUCGAGUUGUGUCCCUAAAAGAAGAUCUUCGGCCAGAGCCACUUCAGAUACCAGUCAUAGAGUUAAAGGACCCUGGCCAGAAUCGGAUUGGCCAAUGGCUGAACGUGAGCCCAAAUCAGGGAAUCGCAGAGUUCUCUCUCCCUCUGUCACCAGAGCCCACUCUGGGAGAAUACUCCAUCAAGGUGAAAGAGACCGUCCAUACCUUCAAUGUGGAGGAAUACGUACUCCCAAAAUUCGAGGUCACUCUUGAGUUCCCCAAAGUGGUCAUGCUUAACAGUGAAAAUUUCACAGUUACCGUAUGCGGCAGGUAUACGUAUGGGAAACCCGUACAAGGAACUUAUCAGGGUUCGGUGUGUCGGAAAAGCUUCAAGUAUUUCUGGAGAUAUUCUUUCCAGAUGCCAGCGGAUCUUUGCCUCGACAUCGCUGGACAGUUGGACAGAUCGGGCUGCUCCACCGUUGAACUUGAAUCGGAUAAGUUUGAACUGACUAAAAUUGGCUUUCAAAUGAGUUUGGAAGGAGAAGCUUCAAUCACUGAAAGUGGAACAGGGAUUGAAUUAUCGACGUUCGGUAAGACUUCCAUAUCGACUGUGUUGUCCAAACUGUCUUUCGUUGAUGCUGAUGCGAGCUACAAAUCUGGGAUUCCAUACAGUGGUUUGCUGAAACUGGAAGAUGCCAUUGGAACCCCAAUUGCUGACAAGGAGGUCCAUCUCACCUACAGAAAUCACAAUAAUGUACACAAGAUAACUUUACUUACGGAUAAAAACGGGCAAGCAGUCUUCAAGCUGGAGGAAACAAACAAAUGGGAAGGACGUGUUUCCAUGACGGCCAAGACAAACGACGAGACUCCACCAUACGUUUUAGGCAUAGCUCGGCCACAAUAUGGCGAGGCGCACCUGUCACUUUCGCCGUUUUACUCCAAGAGUAAGAGUUUCCUGAAGCUGCACUCCCCGCAGAAUGUUCUACCAUGUGAGGGGCAACAAGAGGUCCAGGUGGAAUAUAUCAUUCAACACACAGAGCUGGAGAAAGAGGCCGGGCACUUGGAUUUACACUAUCUGUUGGCAUCUAAAGGAUCUUUAUGGGACUCUGGCAGUAUAGAAAUCCCAAUAACUGCGAAUGAAGACUUGACCGGAACUGCACAUUUUAAGAUCCCGCUGAGUGCCAAUUUGUCUCCAAAUCUCCAAGUCCUUGCAUAUAUCUUAUUACCGGACGGGGAGAUGGUUGCAGACACAGCCAAAUUCACCAUUCAGAGAUGCUUCCAGAACAAAGUAUCGCUUGGGUUCUCUCCCAAUGAAGUUCUUCCCGGAUCAGAUGUAUCUCUGAAGGUUCGGGCAGAGGCCGGAUCCCUCUGUGGCCUGAGGGUCGUGGAUCAGAGUGUCGUGUUACUGAAACCUGAAGCAGAGCUGACAGCCGAUAAAGUUCACGCUCUGUUUCCCUUUGGAGAUUUCGGAGGGUAUGAAGAGGAACCAUAUGCCUGUUAUAUGAGCCAAGGGUUUUAUCCUUUCAAGCCUCAAAGAUUUCCAAAUCGAUCAAAAAAGAGGCACGCAUUUUCCCCAGAUAUAAACAUUGAUGUUUACAGCUUGUUAAAGGACAUGGGUUUGAAGAUUAUAACAAGCGCUGAUGUUAAGAAGCCUUCGUACUGCGAUCAAUGGGCAACCGUAACGUUGAGAAGAAAAGUGUUCAUUAAACCAUUCCUUUUUGACAUAGAUGAAAUAUCCCCACCCAUGAAGGAAAGCGCCAUGGAUUUUUCAGGAGCAUUGAAUUGGAUUCCAGACGGGCAAGAAAAGGUUGAAAUUAUUCGUAAACAUUUCCCUGAGACCUGGAUAUGGGAGCUGACCCCGGUAGGGGAUUUGGGGAGCGCUGAACUCCACAGCAAAGCCCCAGACACCAUCACAGACUGGAGCGCCGGGGCCUUCUGUAUGGGACCCGGUGGCUUUGGCCUCUCCUCCCCGGCCUCCCUCCGAGCCUUCCAGCCGUUCUUCGUGGAGCUCACUAUGCCGUACUCCGUGGUCCGAGGAGAGUCCUUCAGACUGAAAGCCACCGUAUUCAACUACUUGAAACAAUGCAUAAAGGUUCAAACAACAUUAAGGCCGUCUGAAGAGUUGGACGAGGAGCCGUGUCCCGACUGCCAGUAUUCCAGCUGUUUAUGUGAAGAUGAAAGUAAAACCUUCUACUGGAACCUGAAAGCCUCCAAACUGGGUGAAGUGAAUAUAACUGUGAGCACAGAAGCUCUGGAUACCCAAGAUCUGUGUAAUAACGAGCAUCCUAUCGUCCCCAAACAUGGACAGAUUGACACCGUGAUUAAACCGCUUCUUGUGCAGCCAGGUGGUGUUCUGGAAGAGAAAUCACACAGUACACUGCUCUGCGUCCAAAACGAUGAAGAGCAUUCUAAGAAUGAGGAGAUAUCCUUGAAGGUGCCAGAGAACAUUUUGAAGGAUUCGGAGAGAGCGCAUGUGACAGUGUUGGGUGAUCUGAUGGGAACGGCCAUGCAGAACCUGGACAGGUUACUGGCCAUGCCGUACGGAUGUGGGGAGCAAAACAUGGUCCUCUUCUCCCCCAAUAUCUUCAUCCUUCAGUAUCUGGAGAAGACUCACCAGCUGAAUGAUGAAAUCCAGAGGAGAGCCAGGACAUUCCUUGAAAGCGGGUACCAAAGGCAGCUGACAUACAAACGUGAGGACGGGUCAUACAGUGCUUUUGGAAAUCGAGACAAAGAGGGUAACACUUGGUUGACAGCCUUUGUAGUGAAAUCUUUUAGUAAGGCUCGUCCCUACAUCUUCAUUGACGAAAAUCAUCUGAACCACUCGUUCACUUGGUUGACGAACAGCCGCCAAAGCAACGGCUGCUUCCAGAGCAUUGGCAAACUCUUCAAUAAUGCCAUGAAGGGAGGAGUAGAUGAUGAAAUAUCACUUUCCGCGUACGUAACAAUAGCUUUGUUGGAGUCCGGUGUUCCACCAAAGAACGCUCUGGUUAGAGACGCUCUAUCGUGUCUGAGGAAGGCAGCCACCGAUGUGACCAGCGUGUACACACAGGCUCUGCUGGCCUACACCUUCACCCUGGCCGGAGAAACAGAUCUCAGACAAAGUCUGCUGGAAAAAUUAGAGGAAAAGGCUGUGAGAAGCGACGGGCAGCUACACUGGGAACGGACUCUUACCAAACCUCCGUCUGAUGUUCCAUACUGGCACCGGGCUCCAUCGGCAGAGGUGGAGAUGACCUCCUAUGUGCUUUUGACCCUCCUGUCCGGACCUACAAAGGACUUGGGCAAAGCAUCUGAGAUCGUGAACUGGCUGAGCAAACAGCAAAAUCCUUACGGGGGAUUUUCCUCCACGCAGGAUACCAUUGUUGCUCUUCAAGCGGUGGCUAAAUACGCAGAGGCGACGUUUAGUAAUAUUGGGGACGUGACUGUGACGGUCAGGUCCAGUGCGGGGGUAAUGGAAUUCCAUGUGGAUCAUACCAACCGGCUCCUUCUGCAGAGAUCGCCGCUGCCAGAGAUCCCCGGGGAGUACUCACUGUCCGCCUCAGGGAAGGGGUGCGUGUAUGUGCAGACCGUUCUAAGAUACAAUGUCCCACCGCCAAGAAGUGACGCCACAUUUUCAAUUGCGGUAGAAAGAACACCAGAUCAAUGUCCCGAAGGAUCACUAAAAAAGUUUCAAAUCCGCAUAACUGUUGAAUAUACAGGAUCCCGGGAGAAAUCCAACAUGGCCCUUGUUGAGGUUAAGAUGCUGUCCGGUUUCAUUCCAGUGAAGAGCUCGGUGAGGGAGCUGGAGAAGAACAAACUGAUACAGAGAAGCGAGAUACAGACGGAAAUGGUGACACUCUAUCUGGACGAGCUGGGACACCGUCCUGUAAAUCUCUCCUUCAUGGUGGAGCAGGACAUUGAGGUGAAGAACCUAAAGCCGGCCACAGUGAAGGUCUACGAUUAUUAUGAGACGGGUGAAUUUGCAAUUGCAGAAUACAACUCUCCCUGCAGCUCGGAUGAAAAGCUGGAAAAUUCAAAAUGAGGCCCGGAAAAGAACGUUGCAUUAAUGUGAAAGCCUAUUUGUUGGACUCCAGUGAUAUUAUGAAAUAAAGAUAUACUUUCUUUUAUGUCU